AUGUUGUGUUUGGAUUUCUUCUACUGUGGAGCGUUGAUGCUCUGCUGCACCAGCCCAUGUGGGGCCUUGCUGAUCCCCGCCCACAAACCCACAGUGACAGAGCACACCUUCCCAUCAACAGAGACCUCAUCAGCCUCCACAGUUCCUCAUCACGGCCCUCACAAUGCAGCUUGCUUUGUGGAUGAUAUUUUCGCGGUGUUGCGUGACGUGGUUGGGAGUGACGGCGAACUCACAAAUGGCAGUUUGUCUCAGUUUGGGAUCUGCACUGCGUCCGGCAGCUCUUCAGGCUCAAUCUUGUUAGAGCUCGCAAAGGAAACGAGCGGAAACCAGAGACACGGAUUGGAGGCGCUGCACCCAACUGGAGUGCUCCUCGCAGAAGAAGGCGAAAGAGGAACGCACAUAUUGACCUUUGACCUCCCACCGUUUACUUUACUCAAGCUGAGCCCUGCGCUGCUCCUGGCAUUUAAAAGGCCCCCCACUGGAGGAAUCCUGGACGUCACUUUCACCAGCCAGUCACUGCAUCCUCACACACAGACUGUGUGCAUCUUGGGAGAAACGCGGUACAUACUGCUGACGGGAAAAGCACAAGAGGGCAACGUUCACCUGAAAUGGAGGAUUUCUGUUGAGAUGAAAUCCCCCGAUAUGAGCCAAAGCCUCAAAGAUAUCCUUAUUGGUGGAAAAUCAGGAAGUAACAUCAGCAUGGUUCCACUUCUGCUUUUCAUUUGGGAGAGAGGAACUGAUACAAGAUAUCAUCAUAGUUCAUCCUUGAUCUCUUCCCAUACCUCCUUUCUCUGUGAGCUGAAGCGGUUCAUGGGUGACGUCCUGCGUCAGGACCCCCGUGAGUCCUCUUCGCUCCUGCAGGACUCCUUGCACUCCCUGCCUCCCCUGACGUUGGGCUUAUCCUCCAGUGACGCUCUGCUGGCGGGACUAAUCAACUCCUCCUCCAUCACCAUCUUCUCGUUCAGUAGCUGGAGCUCCGUGUUUCAGUUGCACCGCGGAGAAUUGGCCCUUUCUCCUGCACUGCUGGAGGAGCUCAAGCAGAGGUUGGAGCAGACCGUGGGGAAGAUAAUGAAGGUCAUACGGGAGGAGAAAGUGGGACAGAGGGCCAACAAGAGUCUGGGAAGGCUCAAGGACCUCAGUGCGUUCCCGUUGAAAGAACCGGCAGCAGGUGAUGUGUCCAAGAAAACUUCUAAAAGCAGUUGUUCCCAAACUAAUUAA